CCUGGAUAAUUAUUUUUUUUUUCCUACCUCCUCAUCUUGUUUUGAACAAACAGUAUGUCAUCUUUACUUACUUUUCAACUUAUUCAACAACAACAACAACAACAACAACAACAACAACAACAACAACAACAAAAUAAAGAGAGCAGUGGUCUUCCUUCUCCACCUAGCUCCUUUUGUGGCGAGGACACUGCAGGCAGCUCUGUUGUUAUCAACGAACAAAAACUGCCGCCUCAGUUACAGUGUCGUAGAGACUCGCUCCAGACGGUAUUUAGUGAUAUGUCUUUGCAAGACUAUUCUACUUCUUUACCAGAGAACUAUACAAUUGAUCAUUCUAGUCACGCUACCGGCGCUAUAAAGACCACUAGAAAGAUUUCAUCAUCUUUUAAUCCUUCUUCCUUACAACAUACGCCUAUUGCAACAGCCACAGCAGCAGCCACAGGAGGACUCACAAUUCGUAAUAAUAAUAAUAAUAAUAACCGCUCUAGACAGGAUAUCCUAAGCACCAGCAUUAGCAAUAGUUAUAAUGCUAGGAGGAAAAGCCGUGGGCUUUCAGAGUCCCUCAAUGGUCAAUAUAGAUGUAAUGACUGUGGAAAAUCGUACAAACAUCCCAAUUGUCUACAAAAGCAUCGUUGGGAGCACUCUGAAGAAUGGGAAAUUACUAAAAAGCUGCCAUUGACAAAGCAUCAGCAAGUUCAGAUGCUUGAGGCUGCUGCUAUCUUGGUUGGUAUUAACAAGAGUCAGCACCGCAAAGAUGAGGAUGAGGAGGAAGAGGAGCAAGAAGAAGAAGUUCAAAUAGAUGACGAAGAGCAAGAAGAAGAAUCCAUUGUUAUUGAUGAUGAUGAACCCAAUGUUUCUUCUAUCGAUUCCUCAGGUAUUUUUAUGGAUGAUCUUUAAUAUAUGCAUAUACACGUAUCCGAUUUGUAAAACUACAUUAUUCUCUACUUAUUAUUACUAUUUACUAUUCUCC